AUGGGGCGGGAAGCGCUGACGCGAGGCUCGCGGAGGCGAUGUGGCUCACCGCCCGCCACCACGCUCCCUCCCGGGUUCUCUGGCCGCGGGGCCGCGGGCGGGCGGCCGCGCCGCAGCUACAACCACCUGGAGGGCGACGUGCGCUGGAGGCGCCUCUACUCCUCCACCCACUUCUUCCUGCGCAUCGACGGCGCCGGCGCGGUGGCGGGCACGCGCUGGAAGGAGGCGCCCAGCAACAUCGUGGAGAUCCGCUCGGUACGUGUGGGUGUCGUUGCCAUCAAGUCUGUGCACACGGGCUUCUACUUGGCCAUGAACAAGAAGGGGAAGCUCUACGGGUCGCGGGCAUACAACCCCAACUGCAAGUUCAAGGAGCGCAUCGAGGAGAAUGGCUACAACACCUACGCCUCGCUGCGCUGGCGGCACCAGGGCCGCCAGAUGUUCCUGUCGCUCAAUGGCAAGGGGGUGCCUCGGCGGGGGGACAAGACGCGGCGCCAGCACCUCUCCACCCACUUCUUGCCCAUGCUCGUCUCCUGACACCUACUCAUUUUAUAGCUGGGACUUCUUGUUGCUAUUUAUUUUUAAAUGAAAGCACAGGGUGAGGGAGAAACUCCCCUUCCCCAGGCACUGGGAGAUAAAGGAUUCCUACAAGUGCUUCUUCGGAGCUAGCAGUGGUUCACACUAGAGACACCAGCUCCUGCCUGGAGACCUCAACUCAACGUACACCCAACUUGGGUCAUCCCAGAGACACCAGCUCCUACCUGGAGACCUCAAAUCUACACUGACCUGUUUUAGGUUAUGCUAGAGACCCCAGCUCCUACCUGGAGACCUCAACUCUACACAGACCCAUCAUGGGUCAUCCUAGAGAUCCCAGCUCUUGCCUGGAGAC